UUUUUCUUUGAUCACUUACCUACAUGGUUUAUUUAACUGACAUGACUGACAUUUGUAUUCGUUUUUUCACUGUUUUCGUUGGUUGUUCGUUAUUCCUACUAUUUUUUCAAAUUAUAAUUAAAAGUAGUUCUCUUCAGAACCCCAGAUUUAAAGUACACGCUAAGGUCUCGCCGAUGAGAUGCAGUAUGUCUUGGAGAGGUGCACUUGUAUUUCUCAUAUUGUCCCUGACUCAGUGUAGUGGUUGUCCGGUUUUCUGUUCGUGCAAGUGGAAGAACGGUAAGCAGACAGUCGAGUGCAUCAAUAAGGACCUCCUUGUCAUUCCCGAAGGUAUGGAUUCCAGUAGUCAAGUCCUUCAGUUUUGCGGGAACAAUUUGCAAACUCUGCAACGCGACAAGUUCCUCAAAAUGGACUUAAUUAACUUACAAAGGAUAUAUUUGUGUCGUUGCCGCAUUACAACCAUCGACGAUCGGACAUUCCGCGGGUUAACAAACCUCGUCGAAUUGGAUUUGUCCGGUAACUUGCUCGAGACGGUUCCCAGUGAGACGUUCCUCGACUGUCCCUCCCUAAUGAGGCUCACACUUAAUGCUAAUCCUAUAAAGACGCUCCGGCGGGCCGCAUUCAACCAUCUGUCUUUCCUCAACACUAUCGAGCUCAGCAAUUGCGAGAUAUCGCACGUGGAAGAGGGGGCUUUCCAGGGGUUGUACAGUCUCGAGUGGUUGCACCUCAACGGGAACAAAAUGACGACGUUGCAAGGCGCGACGUAUCUCCCGGAGUCUUUAAAAGGGGUGCAACUCCAGGACAAUCCAUGGGAGUGCGACUGCCACAUAGUUGAACUUCACGCUUGGUUGAGGGCUUUCACUAUGCCACAUUCCGUCGAGCCGCUCUGUAAUGGACCAACUCGACUCCGGAGUCGCACAAUUAAAUCGGUGCCGGUGGGAGAACUCGCUUGUUUACCUGAAGUUUCACCCACGAUGUUCUAUCUCGAGAUUGGGGAAGGGAAAAAUGUCUCGCUUUUGUGCCAAGUCAACGCAAUUCCUGAAGCGAGGGUCUCCUGGACUUUCCAAGGACAAUUACUACAAAACGAUUCAAUGAUUGCACCAGGUGUGCAUCUCUUGUAUUUCAUCGAGGAAGGAAACGUCGAAAAACGAAGCGAGCUUUUCAUCUACAAUUCAAACAGUGACGAUAACGGAACCUUCAUAUGCAACGCGGAAAAUGCAGCAGGACUUGUCCAAGCCAAUUUCACAAUUCGAGUCAUUGUGAAACACGAUUCACCACCAAUCACAAACGAACUCCCUUUUGAGUUUAUCCUAAUUACGAUGUCAACAGCAGCUGUAUCACUCCUCCUCUUACUCCUAGUGAUACUCUUAUCGGUAAUAAGAUGUCAUCGGAACGCCAAACUGAAAAAGAAACGAAACAACUCAAAAGUCGCUCUUAGUAACUCCGCCAAGGACAAUCUCCUCCAAGAGACCCUCGACGAGAAACCCCCAACGCACGAAGAGGAAACCAUGUUGUAUAACGCCCCCGUGGAGGACAUCCCCGUGACCCCAAUCCCCCCCUGUCUCUCCCCGUACCAGCUCGAGCAAAACCCUGACCUCAUUAACGGCACUGAAAGUGUGGGUCGGUUCACCCCUUUGAAAAAACGCGACUUGUACGUCUACGCCCCUGACGUUCACCUCAACCCCGUUGGGUUGCUCAACUCGGGCUCAAAUUGCUACAAGACUCUCCCCUACAACAGGAAUAAACGCUCCAAUGCUGCCAACCCAGUGGGGAGGUUUUCGCGGGAAGCGGAGUUUCUCUCGCGGACGAUGCAUCCCUCGUAUGAGCACUACAGCGAUGUGAGAUACACCGCCGAUGGGUAUCCCGUGAGGACCCACGAGGGGGCUGUCGAGCCCUGCUGUUCCACCACUACGACGGUUAGUUGGCCGUCGUGUGUCCCCGCUAAAGACUGUGUGAAGAGUGUGGGUGCGCAGACUGAGGAGACGAACACCAAAAGUGAGAUUAAAGACACGUUAACGGAGAGUUUGGAUGAGGGGUACGAAGGGGAAGGGGUGGAGAAUCACUGA